ACCUUUCUCGGGGGGAGGAGGGAGGGAGGGAGUGUGAGAGACAAAGAGGGAUUCCCGGCCCCCGAUCGCCGAGAAGCCUCGGGCUUUCCCGCGGAGAGUAUCGGGAGCUGUGUGGCGGGUUGCCGGGGAGUGUCGCCAUGUCGAGCUCCCGGGUUUGCCGAACCUGCGGCUGCACGGACAUUGACAUUGACCAGGCCCGGGGCGAUGCGGUCUGUACGGCCUGUGGCUCCGUGCUCGAGGAUAACAUCAUCGUCUCCGAGGUACAGUUCGUGGAGAACAGCGGCGGCGGCUCCUCGGCUGUCGGACAGUUCGUCUCCUUGGACAGUGCUGGUAAAGCUCCAUCGCUGGGAACAGGGUUCCAUACCAACCUUGGGAAGGAGUCACGUGCACAGACUUUACAGAAUGGUCGUCGUCAGAUUCACCAUCUGGGUAACCAGCUCCAAUUAAACCAGCACUGCCUUGAUACUGCCUUUAACUUCUUCAAAAUGGCAGUUAGCAAGCACCUCACCAGAGGUCGGAAAAUGAGCCACGUGGUCGCUGCCUGUCUAUAUCUGGUCUGUCGAACAGAGGGGACUCCUCAUAUGUUAUUGGAUCUCAGUGACCUGUUGCAGGUGAAUGUCUACGUGUUGGGAAAGACUUUUCUUCUCCUGGCCAGAGAGCUUUGUAUAAAUGCUCCAGCAAUAGAUCCAUGUUUAUACAUCCCGAGGUUUGCCCAUAUGCUUGAGUUUGGAGAUAAGAACCAUGAGGUUUCUAUGACAGCACUCCGUUUAUUACAAAGGAUGAAGCGGGACUGGAUGCAUACUGGCCGGCGGCCGUCUGGACUAUGUGGGGCAGCUCUCUUGGUUGCUGCUAGAAUGCACGAUUUCAGGCGAACUGUUAAAGAAGUCAUUCGUGUGGUCAAAGUCUGCGAGUCAACUCUCAGGAAAAGGCUUAAUGAAUUUGAAGAGACACCAACCAGCCAGUUAACAAUCGACGAGUUUAUGAAGAUUGAUUUGGAGGAAGAGUGUGACCCACCUUCAUUCACAGCAGGAAAGAGAAAGAUUCGGCUGCAACAGCUGGAGCAAGAACUCUCCAAAAAAUUGGUGGAUUUUGAAGGUGAAAUCGCAAGUUAUCAAGAUGAGAUUGAGACAGAACUGGAGAUCACUCGACCAAGGUAUCGAGGAGCUUAUGCUAACUAUGCUAAAGGAGAUACUCUGGAUGAUGGAGCCUCAGUAACCUCCAGUGGAUUAGGUGAGGAAGAGGGUGAGGAUGAAGAGCUGACAGCAGUCGCAAACCAUCUCAACAAGGAUUUCUGUGAUGACUUCCUCAAUGAAGAGCGGCCAAAAGAGAAUGAUAAAACAGAGGAGGAGAAAGAAUCAGAGCCUCUACCCAAACCCCCAAAUAUAUCCUCUCUGUUAGGCCCCCUCCCUACCGCAGCUAGCCUUGGCCUGAAGGAGUCCAUUGAAGAGUGUAUAGCAGCUGAUGAACCUGAGUCAGGUGUUGAUCCUCAGAAAGGUGAAUUGGACUUGAAUGGCAUCGAUGACAAUGAAAUCGAUAGGUAUCUGCUCAACGAGAAGGAAGUGGAAAUGAAAACUGAGCUGUGGCUGAGAGAGAACGCAGAUUACCUGAAGGAGCAAAAGGAAAAGGAGGAACGGAUAGCCAAAGAGAAAGAGCUCGGGAUUUACAAAGAGCAGAAGCCCAGAAAGUCAUCUAAGAAACGCGAGCCAAUCCGAGCCAGCACCGCAGGGGAAGCCAUAGAAAAAAUGCUAGAGCAGAAGAAGAUCUCGAGCAAGAUAAACUACGAUGUCCUGAGGGAUCUGAACAGCAAGGGGAGCAGCACACCAACCCGAGAGGAAAGUGACAGCAGUAACCACGGCGGCAGUAACAGCCGCAGCAAGAAGGGACCAGCCCACCGAAAGUCAGCCGCAAACUCCCGAGGCCUUGCUACACCCGUCAACAACUUGGGCAAGAGACUUCGGCCCCUGAUUUCUUCAGUACCUUCGAAAAAACCAGCAAUUAACCCGGGUCCUGACUCCGGACCUGGUGCUAGUCAGGUAGAGCAGCCUGUUGCAGUGCUGGUCGAGAGUGGCCCUGUGGUUUAUAAUGAGGACGAGGUGGAAGAGGAGGAGGAGGUGGAAGAAGAGGAAGAGAACUGCCUCAGUGCGCUGCAGCUUAUCGGUGGAAAUGAUUAUGGCUUUGAAAUGGAGGAGGAUGAUGGAUUCUAAAUGAUGGAGGAUGAUGGUACUUUCCCGAAGGAGCAAUGAAGCCGGUCGGAAAGUUGGGAGUGUUUCCUGUUCUGUUCAAGGCAGACAGCUUGGUGGCAGAGCCCCGUUCUCCUGCGUGACCGGCUUGAUCCAGGAAAGCAGUCGCGAAAGCCUGGGAAUGUCUGCCUGGCACGUGACAUGAUGACGGUUUUCAGGCAUGUGUGACUGAAGAACUUUUUUUUGAUCAGGAGCUAUUUGAAAAUGAAAUGGCAACUCCUGGCUUUUUGAGUUUUUGUUUCCUUGUUUAUUUUUUGUACAGAAUUUGCUAUUUAUUACAGUUCAUUUGAAUAAUUUAGUUUUUUUUAUUCCUGUGUACCUACCAUCCCGUGGAGCAGAGAUGCUUGAAACAAUAGGGUGUAGGAGCGAUGGUUUAGAAACCUGGGAGACAAAACGUGGGAAUGUCACGUGGGAAUGCCAACUUGAAAAAAAAUUCCACAAGUGCACCCACAUUUCCAUGUGCCUGGUUUUUACUGGAAUUGGUGUGAUAGCAUGUCUCUAAAUAAUGAGCUGCUAAUUUCCAAUAGGCAGGGGUCUGCAAGAAGUCGUCAUUGUCUAAUCUGCUGAAGGUCCAUUUUGUUGUUUGAAACCAUGCAGAAAUGAUCAGUUAUGUUCAGCAAUAAGUCCUCACAGUGAGUGUGAUGUCAGAGUGUCAGGGAGUACCCAUGCCAUCAGCUCAGUUACACAGGACGAAAAUCCAUGGCAUCUUUAUAAAUUGUUGAUUGCUGAUUGUGGAUUCACUGGUUUGAGUUGCUUUGAUAUCUUUUCUGUUCAUUCCAUAGGAUCAGUGUUUUUCUAUAUAAAAAAAUAAAAACGAACAAACUCAGGGGAGUUAGUGUUGUCAAAUGAAGAGUGAUCGGGGCCAUUAUAGAUUUGAUGCUUUUCUUGAUUUGACCAAAUUAUGCCACAUCACAGCUGUGUGAGACAAGCAUGUGACAUCAGAUACAAUGAGCCAUUCCUGAUAUCAAGCGCUGUCUCUCUACAGCUUUGCAAAGUGCUAACAGAACCCUUUUCAUAUUAUAUUAUGUAAUAGCAGAUUACAUUUACUGCUCAUUCUACACAGAGCAGCUGCAGCAGUUUUCCCAAACAAAGCUAUUAAAUCACACUGUUCAUAAAGCAACGUGCAAGGUAGGGCGAAUCUGUGCUGUCACUUGGUUUUCAUUGAAGAAUUAAUGUGAGAUGUGUGAGAUUUCCACGCCAGCUUAAACUGUGGAUAAGCAGCCAGCAGUACAAGUGUACACUGUGUCAGGAGAGAGCAUAGACCGUGCUGUGCUAUCACAUACCAAUCGCUAAUACUGAAAGUAAUUGUAAGUUUGGAAUCCAGAUAAAAAACAAGUGAUUGUGAAUCUGAAUCCCAUUAAAUGGUUGUUUCCCGUUAAAGUUGGACAAGUUGUCAGUUCACCUUCAUCUUUUCUUCCUUGGUGAUUAAAAAUAAUAAUUACCUGCUUUGGCAUCAAUUUGGAAUUAAUACCUAAUAUUGUGAACAACAAAUCCAUCCAUGUCUUCACCUUCAAUUCCUGUGUGGACCUGACAAAUUAUUCUCUGUUGGCUGGCUAUAAAAUGCAAAAAAAAAUUCAAACUGAAAUUCUUAAAAAAUGUGGCUGAAGGAAUGCAUUGAGUUUCUUCUCAAUCCAUAGAUUUUUUUCAAAUAAAGACCUACAAUUUAUAUACAGCAUUUACAGUCUCGGGAAUCUCCAAAGCACUUGGAUGUCGUUGCGUAUUUUUCAAAGUGUUGUUUCUGUUGAAAUCGCAGAAAUGAGAUAAUGAGCUGAUACUGGUGCUUUUUAAUUAUGUCAUAUAUGGAAGAUCUCUUGGCCCAGGGCUCUGUGAGGAUCUUCCCUGUUUUUUUUUUAAUAGAGCUGCAAGUUAUGAUUGAGGCUAGAUGUAUGGAUGAUU